AUCAGCUGGAGGGGACAGUGAAAAUAGAUAUGAUCAAUCAUAGUUAUCUGAUCUGACCUUCACCUCCUGUGUGAUCUCUUUUUAUUCCUUGCCUAUCUGUCUGGAGCCCUUUAAAAGUCCUUUUGGCUAGUAUCUCCAUAAAGCACCUUUGUACAUCCACAAAAUUUCAAGCUAGCUCUUCAGUGAAAAUUGUGGGAGAAGAAAAAAGCAACUUCUGCUCAAUUACAAUACGAUCGGGAAUGAGAGGUGCUGAAGAUGGCAAUCAAGGCACUUAUGUGCUUGAUCAAGGAGAAUGGUUGAAUUUGAGCUUAGGAAGAAACUUGCCUUCGAUAUCUAAAGAAUCUGAGUCACAUAUACCGACUUCAGGCAAGGUUUUUUCAUGUAACUUCUGCAAGAGGAAGUUUUACAGUUCACAGGCACUAGGAGGCCACCAGAAUGCUCACAAGAGGGAAAGAGGUACAGUAAGACAGUAUCAAUCUCAGAGGAUGAUGACAAUGAUGGCUUUGCCAAUCAAUAACCCCAUGUUCAGAUCACUUGGUAUGAUUCCCCACUCCCUUGUGCAUAAAUCCAGCAGAGAUGCAAGAGCAACUGCGGCUACGUUCAGCGAGGCUAGCGCAGGAUAUCAGAGGACAUCGCUUACCAAUCAAAUGGACAGAUCAUUUGAUCUGAAGUGGCCAGGAAGUUUUCAACUAAAUCAGCAGCAAACAAAAGACCUUACGUCAAAUCCCACUAAGCUUGACCUGAAUCUGAAGCUGUAAUUGUUCUCCUCAUCCAUAUAGUCAACCCAACCCCAAAUAUUUCAGAACUGAGGCAUAGUUAUUAUUGUUGUUGUUACCCGUCCCACAUGGAACUCGUUAUUUGCCCAUCUGUUACAGCUUCAGUCCAUCAGUACAUGAACUAUUUUGAUGAACUUUGGGCAACAAUUAAGAGCAAAAGAAUCCUAUAGCAAUACAACUCUUUAAUAUCAGGAUUUUUUUCCAGACCCUAGUGUAAGGAUCAAUAACAACAAUUUCAAGCUUUCUCAUGUCCAGAUAUGAAACCAGAAGUGUAAAAUGUACUUAAGUGCUUUUGUUCCUACAGCCCCUGGAACCGCACAACACCAUAAUCUCCAUCAAAUAUAUAGCAGAAGGUUCUCUAGCUUUUGUUUAUAA